GGCUCUGCCCACUAUGACUCAUUUGCUCCUAUUGGAAACGACCUGCUAUGGUCUCUUGGUUUAGUUAGAAAAAAUAAUCUUUGACUCGAGUCUUUUUUUCGUUAUCAACCACCGGCAUGCGCAGUGCGCAUGUUUAUUCACACUUCCUGGUCCGGAAUUUGGAAAACUGCACGACAGGAGCGGGGUGAAAAGUACAGCAGUGCAUAGUGGACCCAUAGGGCAGUGAUCCGCAAAGACACUUCGGGACCUACUCAACUACCGCAGGUGGAAUGACGUUCUGGUGAUCUGGGUAUGGAAAGCUGGGCCUUUUGUUGUCGGCUCUGGGUGACAUGAAAUUUCGCUGCGGUCGCUACCCCGUGCCAACUCUACGACCAUGGCCUCGCCACUGCCCCCCUGCACAGCUGUCAUAUACUCUGCCCUGGCAAUCGUCGCUCUUCUCCUGCUCACCGCGACUGCUGUGAAUGCCUCCCAAGGCGACAAGGAGCCAGUUUACCAAGACUGUGUCACGCAAUGUGUCCGGACCAACUGCACCGGAGCUCGGCUCAGAGGUUUUCAGUCUACACAGGCGCCUUACAUGGCGCUGACAGGCUGGACGUGUCGUGAUGACUGCCGGUACCAGUGCAUGUGGCAAACAGUGGGACUUUACCAGGCUGAAGGCUACAGCAUCCCACAGUUCCAUGGAAAGUGGCCAUUUGCGCGGUUCCUGUGCUUUGAGGAGCCAGCAUCUGCUCUGGCCUCUCUGCUCAACGGCCUGGCCUGCCUUCUGAUGCUGCUGCGCUACCGCAGCUCUGUGCCACGCCAGAGCCCUAUGUACUACACCAUCACCGCCUUCUCUCUGGUUUCUCUCAAUGCUUGGUUCUGGUCCACAGUGUUCCACACCCGGGACACCUAUCUCACCGAGAAAAUGGACUACUUCUGUGCAUCUGCUGUCAUCCUCUACUCCAUCUACUUAUGCUGUGUGAGGACGUUGGGGCUGAAGAGGCCGGGGGUGUCCAGCAUGGUAGGGGUUCUGCUCAUCCUGGCCUUCACCUCCCACGUGUCUUACCUGACCUUCGUCAGCUUCGACUAUGGUUACAACAUGGCUGCCAACGCCACCAUAGGCAUAGUGAACCUGCUGUGGUGGCUGUGUUGGUGCUGGCAGAACCGGCGGACACUGCCCUACUGGUGGAAGUGUGGCGUGGUGGUGGUGCUGCUCCAUGGCCUGGCCCUGCUGGAGUUGCUCGACUUCCCGCCGCUGUUCUGGGUCCUGGAUGCCCAUGCAGUCUGGCACCUCAGCACUGUGCCUGUGCAUUUCCUCUUUUACAGUUUCUUGAUAGACGACAGUCUCCAUCUACUCAACACAGAGAAGACUGGUGUGAAACUGGAGUAGCAGGAGCUCGUCACCACUUAACCCCACCUCUUUCCUCACUCACCAAUCAAGGCAGCCGGACACCAGAAUGGGGUGGAGCUCAGUCGCCAUGGCUACCUGCACAGCACCUGCGCAUCUAUGAAUUCCAUCAAAGUAUAGACUUUUUUGUUGUUGUUGACCGUUUCAUGUUUUUUGGGGGGUUGUUGAAAUUAUUUGGAGUAUUUAUUUUUCACAUGAGAUUUUUCUUGACUUGAAUGAUGUUUGCAUUCAGUAAGCUUUGCCUUGUAUAGAGUGAGAAAUAAGGCCCCUUUGUCAUCAAACUUGAUCUAAAUACUAUAUUGAUUCAUAGAAUCCUGGACAUUUACACAGUAGACUCAAUGCACAUUGGGUAUCCACCGGCAAUCGUACGCAUGCAUAUCGAUUUGAUUGAAGGCCUCUUAGUUAGUCCCAUAACAGGCACGGAACACAUUAGCUGUGUCAAAAUCGGGCAGACAUUUUGAAAGUGAUCAAAAACGGGCCUUCAUUCCUGGGUCAUGUUCAAUAGGCACGAAACGGAAGAAAGUAGUCUAAAACGGAGAGGUUCCAUCUGAACUUGUCCAAUGAGAAACGGUGUGCCCUAAUUAACAUAACCCUCUUGUCCAUGAGGUCACGGUUUAAGUUUACAUUAUAGAAGCUGCAGCCACCAGAUGGCUCCACUACCACCCAUAAGUGGAAUCCACUCUCGGCACAACACUGCAUGUGCCCAAGUCUGUCUGUGCCAAAAGUGGCCUUACAUACACAGGGAGAGAGGUGCCCGCUGUCAGGGUGGGGGUGCCAGCAUAUUGUUCUGGAGUGUGGGGGAAGGGGACCAGGGAGUAUGUUUGGAGGCCAUUCCAGCUGACUUUUUUUCUCUCUCUCGCCAUCUCACCUUUAUUUUUGCGCCUAUGCUAUUUCCAUUGCUGCUUCUUUUAGUUGAUAUUCUUUUAAAAUGGAUUUUCAAGUGAGUAUUUGUAUUUGUUGCCAUUUAGGAUUUAUUUGACAUUGUGUUGAUUGGUUUUCUCGGUUAUGAUCACUUUAUUUUUUUUUUUGUGGGGGUGUGUUAUCAUUUAAUGGAAGUCUUAUUUUAAUUCACCUUGAUUGCCUUUCUGUGUGAGGGGGGGGGGGAAAAGGAGAGAUGGGAGCAGGACAAUAGGAUAGAAGUAUAGAGUUGUGGGCAGGGGGAGUGUACUGUGCAGUGAACCUAUUGUACUUAACAAGUGAGGGUCAGACACAGGGGGUGACUGACACCUGGUUUACUGUGUGCCCCGCCCCCAGUUUUGGAUGUGUUUGGAUGCAUUGCACCCAUGGUCUCAAUAUCACACACUACUCGAUGCUGAGAUGCUACCACACCACUCUGGAGAAUGUUUUCUCUCCACUUUUGCCUUACAUGUAUGUAACACCCUGCCUUGUCAUUUUGUUGUUUGUGUAUGUCCAUUACACAAUCUGUAGGCUUGGUAACUUAUUACCAUUUCCUUUGCCACAUUUAACCAUCUGCCUUUCCUAUGUUGCUCUCUAGAACUAAACAUUUGGCAACUAAAUUGUAAUAGCUUGAAUUCAUACAAAGUAUGCCUCUUUCCAUGUGUUUGCUGUGCCAUAGUUAUGUGCACUUUGUAUGCAUGUAACCGUGUGUGUGCAUUCUAAAUUCUGUCCACGCCUUUGUAUGUGAGCAUGUGAACAAUGAAGAGUAUGUGUCGCUCAUGCCUCUCCUCAAGGUUCUGUUAUUGCUGAGAGAGCUAAUAUAUAUAUAUAUAUAUGAGAGACCCCCUGUGUGUGGCUUCACUGAAAGCCAGAGGAAGUGAUAUGUGGGGGAAGAGGGUUUCAGGAAUAGUAACAGAGGACUUAGAUUAAAAACAGUUUUGUUCUGAAUCAUAUUAUUUGCUUUAUUAUUUUGUUCCCCAUGUGCUUUUUAUAAACCAUUGACAUUCA